GCACGGCACUCGCAGCCUGCAACCACUGCGUCUCCAUUGGUACAGCCUCUCCCCUUCAUUAGGACUGAAGACUUUCUCUACUCAAUUAUUUGUUUGCUCAUUUAUUUAUUUAUUACCUUAUUUAUUUAUUUGCCUAUUUAUUUACUUAUUCACGUAUUUAUUUUUCUACUUACUCGCUAUUUUAUGCCACGGAAAAUAAAGACCCAUGACAAAACAACUGCCACUGCCUCUUGUCUCACUAGCACUGCAACCGCUCUUUGGGCCGGGGGAAAGCCUUCUCUGUUCAACACCAACUCCAAGCCCCGCUCCAAACAGUCCCUGCCCACUCUUCUCACUGGCCCAGCAGCAUCCUGGAGCAACCACUCGGGAAAAGCCAUUGCCAGCAUUUGGCCAACACCCCAGAAUCACCACCCAAAAAUAAAGAAGCGCUAAGGUUGGAAAGCACCGCUGCGGCUCAUCCGCUUCAUCCAUCCAAAUGCCUGGCCCUGGCACUUACAGACAAGGAUGGCCCGCGGGACAGUGUCAAACACUUGCCACAACUCCAGGCACACAAGGUCACUUACUCUUACACAGCGCUCCACAGCCCUAACUACACAGAACAUCACCAAAAAUGCCGGGAACGGCAAUUUCCCACUUUCAAAAGCCACAGUCAGUCCCCAUUUCCAGUCACCUGUCUCAUUUCCAGCGGCCUUAGCAGAGCUUCUCUUUCCCACAGAAGCUGCCUCAUCAUCUUGCCUGCAACGAAGCUCACGCUGACUGCUCUGCAGUUCACACACUCUUCUGCUAUUCCCUUUGUAAAAACAGGGGGACUCUUUCCCUUCUUCUACUUAUCGGUGACUUGACAAACAUCAUUUCUCAAAACCGAUCAACGCUGGCCUACAACUCCACCUGACAGUCCUCUCAGGACUUGCAGAUGAAUCUCAUCAUGGACUUCCACAUACUCAGCUUCCUUAGACGGUCUCACACCACAUCUUAUCCUCCAGUGGCCUCGGCCUCUUCAUUCUUCAUUGCAGGGCUCCCAGCACUUGCCUUCCGUGAUGUUGGCAGUGUGGCAGGAGCUCAAUGACACACAAGGCUGCAACCACCUGCUCCUCUCCACAGCCUCUUCUCCCUGAAGUCUAAAACCCCCAGACCCCAGCACCCACUCAUCGUACGAAUAGUCACGAGGCUACGUCCUCGUGAGGCCAGCCAUGUCAUCCCCGCGCAAAUCUGUGAACAAACAAAGAGGUGCAAACACCUCUUUGCUCUCCCCAGAUUUUGGCCUUUCUUUAAAGGCAUCUGAAACUACUGGCAGGUCUUCUCUACUCCACCUGAAGCAGCCCAGCCCCCUCAGCCUUUCUCACACGUGAUGUCCUCUCAUGCCCUCUGCAUCUUCGCAGCAGACAUUCCUGCCAAAAGCUCCACUCCUCCCCGCCAUGAACUAAAGAGCCUUGAGCUGGACACACUCUUCCGGGGGAGGGCUCCGGCAAUCCCAAAACACAGCACCGUUCCUCUGGCGGGCGACAGUCCCCCUUCGCUCUCUGCCUGCCUCAUCUACGGAAGCAGGCGAAACAAAACUAUGGCCCCGCUCUAACGCCAAACAAACACCACCACAGACACACAGCAAACAACACAGGAGCAACAAAGCUCUCCCGGUUUUCCUACUCCUUCUUCAUCGACCCUAUUUUGAAAUGUCUUGUUGCCCUGCCACCUCAGCUUCCGAGACGGCACCUGGGCCACACCGCUGCAAGAACGCACUCGCGGCCUCCGAGGCUUACUCCCGCACACAGCCCCUUGCACACUGCCACCGCCCCGGGGCAUUCACCGCAGGAGGGAGAUACCCAGCCCUCGCCCACUUGACAUCACUGCACAUCCCUUGCAACCGCAAAAGGAAAACAGCGGCUAAGAUGAAAAUAAAGGCAAGCCGCAAAGUGAAAGGAAAAGCGACCACAGCCACCGGCAGGGCUUUGCAGGUGGAAAAAAUGCUUAGGCACAAAGGAGGCUUCUGCCCAAAAGCUGGCCCUGCAGGUGACAGGGAACAACAACAACAGCCCUCCCCAACACACCUGACACCAACACCUCUGACCCAGCGCUUUCGCAACCCCGUUCACCCACUACAGCCACUCUGCCCCGAGACCACAACUGCCACCACAAUCCCCGGCCACGGACACCCCAGCUAAACCCUGCCUGUCCCGAGACCACUACAGCCACCAGCCCAAACCAGAAACCACGGGCGGAAACCCCCAGCAAUCGGAAAGCGAAGAAGGGAAAGCUGCCACCAUACAAAGCCGCACGCCCGGCGGCGUCCCAAGCACAGCCACCAGCACCAACACCAGCAGCACCAACACCGAGCCUCGCCGGGCUCCUGCUCAGCACCGGCCGACAGCACCCACAGACCCACCAUGGCUGCGCUCAAAGCCCCACAGACACGCCUGCCGCACGCCGCCCCGGUGCUCCCGCUCCUCCUCACCUCUCUCGCCACCGCCCUCGCCUGCCAACAGCUCUGGACACACGACGACACCUUCCCUGGCGACGCACUCCGCCUCCUCCAGGACAUGGCUCCCAGCCACACACAGCCCUGCCACCUCCAGGAGCCGCCCUUCUUCCCCGACACCCUCCUCCGCGACAACCUCCACCCGCACCAAGCCGCCGUCACCGCCCUACGCAUCCUCCAGCACCUCUUCCACACCCUCAGCACCAACAGCACCCGCCAGCACUGGCCCACCCAGGCUCGCAACGACCUCCUCAACAAACUCCAGCACCACAUCCACCUCCUCGAGCAAUGCCUCCCCGACAACGCCGUGCUCUUCAAAGGACCACGCAACCUGCUGCUCACCGUCAACAAGUACUUCAGGGACAUCCACCUCUUCCUCCGUGCCCACAACCACAGCGCCUGCGCCUGGGACCACGUCCGCCUCGAAGCUCGCGCCUCUUUGCAGCACCUCCACAACCUCACACGCACCAUGCGCCGCUAGCACAGACACCCACGCCCAAAACACCCACCUCCAGGACCUCACCCGCCCGUCCCCCCAACCUGCGACAACCGACGUGCCUGUAACAACCGCACGGCACUCGCAGCCUGCAACCACUGCGUCUCCACUGGUACAGCCUCUCCCCUUCAUUAGGACUGAAGACUUUCUCUACUCAAUUAUUUGUUUGCUCAUUUAUUUAUUUAUUACCUUAUUUAUUUAUUUGCCUAUUUAUUUACUUAUUCACGUAUUUAUUUUUCUACUUACUCGCUAUUUUAUGCCACGGAAAAUAAAGACCCAUGACAAAACAACUGCCACUGCCUCUUGUCUCACUAGCACUGCAACCGCUCUUUGGGCCGGGGGAAAGCCUUCUCCGUUCAACACCAACUCCAAGCCCCGCUCCAAACAGUCCCUGCCCACUCUUCUCACUGGCCCAGCAGCAUCCUGGAGCAACCACUCGGGAAAAGCCAUUGCCAGCAUUUGGCCAACACCCCAGAAUCACCACCCAAAAAUAAAGAAGCGCUAAGGUUGGAAAGCACCGCUGCGGCUCAUCCGCUUCAUCCAUCCAAAUGCCUGGCCCUGGCACUUACAGACAAGGAUGGCCCGCGGGACAGUGUCAAACACUUGCCACAACUCCAGGCACACAAGGUCACUUACUCUUACGCAGCGCUCCACAGCCCUAACUACACAGAACAUCACCAAAAAUGCCGGGAACGGCAAUUUCCCACUUUCAAAAGCCACAGUCAGUCCCCAUUUCCAGUCACCUGUCUCAUUUCCAGCGGCCUUAGCAGAGCUUCUCUUUCCCACAGAAGCUGCCUCAUCAUCUUGCCUGCAACGAAGCUCACGCUGACUGCUCUGCAGUUCACACACUCUUCUGCUAUUCCCUUUGUAAAAACAGGGGGACUCUUUCCCUUCUUCUACUUAUCGGUGACUUCACUUGACAAACAUCAUUUCUCAAAACCGAUCAACGCUGGCCUACAACUCCACCUGACAGUCCUCUCAGGACUUGCAGAUGAAUCUCAUCAUGGACUUCCACAUACUCAGCUUCCUUAGACGGUCUCACACCACAUCUUAUCCUCCAGUGGCCUCGGCCUCUUCAUUCUUCAUUGCAGGGCUCCCAGCACUUGCCUUCCGUGAUGUUGGCAGUGUGGCAGGAGCUCAAUGACACACAAGGCUGCAACCACCUGCUCCUCUCCACAGCCUCUUCUCCCUGAAGUCUAAAACCCCCAGACCCCAGCACCCACUCAUCGUACGAAUAGUCACGAGGCUACGUCCUCGUGAGGCCAGCCAUGUCAUCCCCGCGCAAAUCUGUGAACAAACAAAGAGGUGCAAACACCUCUUUGCUCUCCCCAGAUUUUGGCCUUUCUUUAAAGGCAUCUGAAACUACUGGCAGGUCUUCUCUACUCCACCUGAAGCAGCCCAGCCCCCUCAGCCUUUCUCACACGUGAUGUCCUCUCAUGCCCUCUGCAUCUUCGCAGCAGACAUUCCUGCCAAAAGCUCCACUCCUCCCCGCCAUGAACUAAAGAGCCUUGAGCUGGACACACUCUUCCGGGGGAGGGCUCCGGCAAUCCCAAAACACAGCACCGUUCCUCUGGCGGGCGACAGUCCCCCUUCGCUCUCUGCCUGCCUCAUCUACGGAAGCAGGCGAAACAAAACUAUGGCCCCGCUCUAACGCCAAACAAACACCACCACAGACACACAGCAAACAACACAGGAGCAACAAAGCUCUCCCGGUUUUCCUACUCCUUCUUCAUCGACCCUAUUUUGAAAUGUCUUGUUGCCCUGCCACCUCAGCUUCCGAGACGGCACCUGGGCCACACCGCUGCAAGAACGCACUCGCGGCCUCCGAGGCUUACUCCCGCACACAGC